AUGGGAAUGCGCCUCACGCUCAGGGGUGCCGUUGAAGGAGCGAGUUUCUCGCGCGUAUCCCUGCGUCACCUCAUCGACCGCGGCACCCUCAAGCACUGGAAGGACGGCAUUAUCGAGCGGCUCCACAAUGACUGGGACCAGGCGAUCAUCCGCGAGCCCCACUUCGCGACCGCGAAGGAGCGCAUCGACAACGUCCACAAGGGGCUGCAGUGGGUCGUCCAGGCGAUGCUGCAUCAGGAGAUCACGCAGGUGGACCAGCUUCCGCCCGAUGACCUCGUGCGCAUGUGGAUCUGGAUCACGUUGAACGCCCCGGAGGAGGACGCGGCCUUGGUCGACGUCGUCGAGGCGUACGAGGCACGGCAGCUCGAGCUGAAGCAACUCGCAGAUCGCAAAGCACACUGGGAGCGCGUCAAGCGCGCCGACGCCGACGCCGACGCCGAGCACUCGCUCGACAAGGGCCAUCGCGCCGAGAUCAGCGAGCGGACCGCGCAGCGCUACGGCCUCGACAAGCGGAGCUGGGAGGCUGAGUGGGCGAGGCGUCUCGCUCGCCGAGCGUGA